UGCAUUAAUCUUUCCUCAGUCUUCUUCUUUUGUCUCUACCAAGAAGAUAUUUUUCUCUCUUCUUCCAAAUCCCAACGCGAACCUUCUUCUCUCCUCCUCUCUUUCAUUCAAAGCUCUAAACUUUCUCCAGUAUCUUUAUCUUUAUAUGUGAUUUGAUCCAAGUAAAGGAGAAGAUGGAUCCAACGGCGGCGGCGACGGCGGUGAUGCCGAUCGAUUUACCGAUUAUGCACGACAGCGAUCGCUACGACUUCGUGAAAGACAUAGGGUCUGGUAACUUCGGAGUGGCUCGUCUGAUGACUGAUAGAGUAACGAAUGAGCUUGUUGCUGUUAAGUACAUCGAGAGAGGAAACAAGAUUGAUGAGAAUGUUCAGAGGGAGAUUAUUAACCACAGGUCCUUGAGGCAUCCUAAUAUCGUCAGGUUUAAAGAGGUGAUUUUGACGCCUAGCCAUCUGGCUAUUGUGAUGGAGUAUGCUUCUGGUGGUGAGCUUUAUGACCGGAUUUGUAACGCUGGGAGGUUUAGUGAGGAUGAGGCUCGGUUCUUCUUUCAGCAGCUUAUCUCUGGAGUUAAUUAUUGUCAUUCAAUGCAAAUAUGUCAUCGAGACUUGAAGCUGGAGAAUACAUUGUUAGAUGGAAGUCCUGCCCCUCGUUUGAAAAUAUGUGAUUUUGGUUAUUCCAAGUCUUCUGUUCUUCAUUCGCAACCCAAGUCAACUGUUGGUACUCCUGCUUACAUCGCACCAGAGAUUCUUCUUCGUCAGGAAUAUGAUGGCAAGAUGGCAGAUGUAUGGUCAUGCGGUGUAACCUUAUACGUAAUGUUGGUUGGAGCAUAUCCAUUUGAGGAUCCAGACCAGCCUAGAGAUUAUCGAAAGACUAUACAAAGAAUCCUUAGUGUCACAUACUCCAUCCCUGAGGAUUUACAACUCUCACCAGGAUGUCGCCAUCUAAUAUCCAGGAUCUUCGUGGCUGAUCCUGCAACAAGAAUAAGUAUGCAGGAGAUCAAAACCCAUGAAUGGUUCUUGAAGAACCUUCCUGGUGAUUUGAUGGAUGAGGGUAGUCAGUUUCAAGAGCCGGAGCAGCCGAUGCAGAGUCUUGACACUAUAAUGCAGAUCAUCUCAGAGGCUACUAUUCCAGCUGUUGGAAACCGUUGCCUUGAUGAUUUAAUGGAUGAUAAUCUUGAUUUUGAUGAUGAUGAUGACAUGGAUGAGUUUGAUUCAGAAUCUGACAUUGAUGUUGACAGUAGCGGAGAGAUAGUUUAUGCUCUAUCUGAGAGGUAGUGAGGGGGCAAAGUAUGUUUUGUCCCUACUGUUCUGACGAGUUUUGUCUUGCCUUCCUCUCCCGUUGUACAUUUUUGUAUCGUUUGUUGUUUUUUUCUCUACAAACUUUGGACUCGCAUACGUGUGUAAUAUAUUUAUAAAAUUUAUAUUUUAUGGUAAAACUUUAUAAUGGA